AUGAGCGACAAUCCUUUAACCACAGUUGACAUCUCCAACUUGAGUGAUGCUAAAGUAGCUCAAGAUUUGCUAGAUGCUUUGGUAACACAAGGCUUUGUGUUUGUUGAUGGCCAUAAAUUCGAAGCAAGUGAGGUGGAUAAGAUAUUUGGGUUAUCAAAGGAAUUCUUUGAGUUGCCAUUGGAGUAUAAGACAAAAUUCCCCUUUGAUAGUUCCAACACUGGAUACAUUCAAUUCAACAGAGAAAACCUCGAUCCUUCCCGAAAGAGGGAUUUCAAAGAGGGCUUGAACCUCGGAAGCAUUGAUUUUACAACAGGAGAGCCUUCUGGCCCAGUUCCAGAUUGGUUUGUCGAGGAUAUAAAACGGUAUGAACUUAUCAAAGAUAUGACUUUAAAAUUGAAUCGCUUGGCUCUCGACCUACUUCUAAUAUUGGCUAGAGCGCUUGAAAUUCAGGAUAGUGAUGAUGGUCCUGGCAUUGAGUGGUUUACGUCAAGAUACAAGCCUACUUCCAAAUCUGGUUCGACUUUCAGAUUCUUGCACUACCCGGUCCAAAAUACAAACGAUGAACUGAAUGAGGUUCGUGCUGGUGCUCACACCGAUUAUGGCUCCAUGACCCUUUUGUUUCAAAAGGAGAACCAAGAAGGACUUGAAAUAUACAGUCCCGUGAGUAAAAAAUGGGAAAAGGUACCUUUUGUUGCUAGCUCCAAACCAGGUAUGGCACCUCCAAUAAUUGUCAAUAUAGGCGACUUGCUAAGCUACUGGACUGCUGGGUUAUUGAAAAGUACUAUCCACAGAGUUAGAUUUAGCAACUCACAAGCCGAGGAUAGGUAUUCGGUUGUAUUUUUUAGCCACCCGAGUGACGAGGCAUUGUUGGAGCUAGUGCCUAGUAAAUUGUUGGAAACCCGGACAGGUAGAGGUGUGGCCAAGGACAGCGAGUACAUCACCGCUUUGCAGCACUUGCAAAAGAAAUUGUCCAACACUUAUGGCUAUUGA